AUGAGUCCUGGUGCGAAUUUUGUUACGGUUUCUCUGAAUGAUGGAACUACAACAGUAAAUCGAGUGAUACCUGUCGGAGUCGCUUCUUCAAUGGUAUGCCAAAAUGGUGGAACAGCGGGCUCGACGAGUUGCUCCUGCCCAGCUGACUUCACGACGCCGGACUGCUCACGUCCGAUUUGCCAGCAAGGCGAAUUGAACUCUUGGGGAGAUGUCUGCAAUUGUGAUUGGAGCUCGGCCGGAGGACGUCUCUGCGGAUGUAAGCCUUUUCCUGUUGGU